AUGCGCUCUGGCCUUCCCCGGCACGACUAUGCCAUCUCGGGGCACACACUUGACGCCGAGAUUAUAACCAAGCUGAGAUAUUUGGAACCUUCUGCCGAGAUCCGACAGGCGUACCAGUACUGCAACAUGCAUUACGGUGCGCUCGCGCACAUAGUGACGACACUCACGGGGAUCGAGUACGUCGACUGGGUGACAGAGAAUGUGAUCAAGCCGCUUGGGCUGAACGCGACGUACGACUACGACGCGGCUGAGGUGGCCGAGGGCUUUGCACACAUCGGCGUCAACUAUACGCAAUGCGCGCUCUCCGAAGAGGUUCGACGCCCCGAUAAGGCCUGCAUGGGAGAGACCAAACCGUUCGGAUGGUGGGUCACAGGUUCAUACACCAAGGGCGCGGACGCCGGCGCCGGCGGGUUGAUGAUGAGUGCGCGCGACGUCGGCAGGUGGCUUUCCGAACUCCUUGACCCGCAGCACAUCAACCCCGCAGCAUUAGCUCUCGUCAGCACGCCCAUUAUUGUUGCUGAACCGGCGCGGCCUCCCGAACUCGGUCUUACAACAUAUGGUGCUGGCCAGGCGAUGGUCAACUAUCGCGGGUUCGAGGUUGUGCACCACGGCGGUUUCGUGCCCGGCCAGGCGAGCGAGUUUCUCCGCGUUCCCUCAGCGGGAGUGGCGCUGGGAAUCAUGACGAACGACCACACUUGGGGCGAUGUGCUGGCCUCGGCUCUGGCGUGGCGCGUGCUAGAUGACCUGCUCGGCCUCGAACCGAUCGACUGGGAGGCGCUCGCUGUGAGGGAGAUGUGGGAUGCCAUUCGGGCCGAUCCUACACCCACGCCUCCUACCACGCCUGAGCCCGCGCCCGUACCCGGUGAGGGGACGUACACCCAUCCCGGCUACGGAUCAUUCACGCUGACGCGCCUGCCGCGCGGUAAGGCGAAUACGACAGCGGGCGAGAUUGCUCGCGCGCUUCCGCUCCUUGGUCUGCGCACCGAUGCAGUGCUCUACGCUGAGCUCGACGGCUUUCUACCCUCGCACUUCACCCUCGCUCACUGGAGCGGCGCGUUCUGGAACCUCACCAACUGGCUCGUGUACGACCGACAAGAGCAGGGAGUGGUAGCCCUCAACCCAGGCAUAAGCUGGCCGGCCGUAGUAACGGAGGAGGGGUUGGGGCUGUUCGGCGGGUUCGCGGGGGCCGGGAUGGACGUUCCACCCCGUGCGCCGAAGGUCAAAGACUUGAAGGAGCGGGCGGAGGUUUUCUUCGCGCGUGAAGGCAGGAGUGCGCUCGUGGUGCAGGGAGGGCCGCAGUAUUCACUCUGA